AUGCUAGUUGGAAACAAAGCACCAUCAUUCAAGGCUCAAGCUGUAUUCCCAGACACAGACUUCAAGGAAGUUUCCCUUGAUUCAUACAAAGGAAAAUGGCUUGUUCUUUUUGCAUGGCCACUUGAUUUCACAUUUGUCUGCCCAACAGAGAUCAUUGAGUUUUCAAACAAGUUUGAAGAAUUCAAGAAACUUGGGUGCGAGGUUCUUGGCAUGUCUGUUGACUCUAAUUUCACACACCUUGCAUGGAUCAAUACUCCACGCAAAGAUGGAGGAAUUGGUUCCCUUCAAUAUCCAAUCAUUGGCGAUCUUGGUGCAAAGAUCUCAAAAGCUUAUGGUUUUUACAUGGAAGAAGCAGGACAUGAUCUUCGUGGAACAGUCAUCAUUGAUCCUCAAGGAAUAAUUCGUCAUGUCCAAAUGAACCAUCCUGAUGUUGGCCGCAACGUUGAUGAGAUCAUCCGUCUUGUCAAGGCUUAUCAGUUUGCAGCCAAACAUGGCGAAGUUUGCCCAGCCCAGUGGCAUGGAGAAGGUGACCUAACAAUUAAGGCUGAUCCCAAAGCAUCAAAGGACUACUUUAAUAAGGCAAAUCAAUGA